GAAUUUGAGUAAGAUAUAAGAAUUCAUUAAGUGUGAACCUUGUUCUCGAACACGAAAACGAAAAUGAUGUAAAUAGUACAAAAUAAACGCAAUUAUACUGUAAUAGUAAUAAUCUAUAUAAAUAUAUAUUUUAACGAAAUUCGGUACAUUUUAUAUGUUGAAUUAUAUACUUUAAAAAAAAAUGGAUGAAUAUUCAAGAGAACCUUGCCCUUGGCGUAUUUUGGAUGACUCUGGCGGCGCAUUUUUGAUGGGAGCGAUCGGCGGUGGUAUCUUUCAUUCAAUAAAAGGGUUCAGAAAUGCUCCCGUAGGAUUCAGUAGAAAAAUGCUUGGUAGCUUAGCAGCUAUGAAGGAAAGGUCACCGAUUGUAGGAGGAAACUUUGCAGUAUGGGGAGGAAUGUUUUCAACAAUUGAUUGUUCACUUGUUUAUUUACGACAAAAGGAAGAUCCAUGGAACUCGAUCAUGAGUGGUGCACUAACAGGAGGCAUCCUUGCAGCUCGAAAUGGUGUUCCGGCAAUGGCAGGCAGUGCACUUGUUGGAGGUGUCCUUCUAGCACUAAUCGAGGGUAUUAGUAUCAUGUUCACAAGAAUAACAUCAGAACAGUUCAAACCACAGCAGCCAAUAUUUGAAGAUCCUUCAAUUUUAGGUCAAAGCCAGGCACAAGGACAAAGUUUUCAAUAGAUUUAUGUUUUAAAUUAAUUACACAAGAUUGUAUAGGUAAAGUUAUACUCAGUAAUGAGAUAUUUUCAAAUCGAUUCAUUCAUUUGUUUUAAAUUAUCAAGCAAAUUAACAAAACAAGCCAAACUUACUGCCUAUGGUUUAGGCCAUUAAGUCAUUUUUAAAAUAAAUGCUUAUUUUAAUUUUUUAUACUGUAAACAUCUUUAUGGUGUUAACUUAAGUUUCAGUAAGGUGAAUUUUCAUAUGACAAAAUUAUUUUUGAUUUAUAAUUUUUGGAAUAUGAGAUUACAAAUGCUGGUUAAAGGCAACUGGAUACCUAUUAUGUUGUGAAUUCUUAUGACACAUGCAAUCUUUGCUUUUGAUUCACAUGUAUACCCUUUUGGCCAUCUUGGCUUUCAUAUGUGAUCCAAUGAAAUUAUAUCAUAUGCACAAAAUUAUCAAAUAAGAGUAUGUUUGAAAAAUUUCAUCAAAUAACUUUAAUAUUACAAUCUUGUUAAAGAAUUUUCCGUGCUUUGGUAUAAUUUAUUUACUAAAAAUUUUCCCCAAUCUGAAUUUUUGAGUGAAUUAUUUGCAUCUGUGAUAUUUUCAGUUUGAUACUGAUUGCUCAUAAUUUCACUUGACAAAUGUGAAUUUUUUGUUUUUGAAUAUGGAACAUAGUUUGUCUAUGUUUAUUUUAAAUAUCAUAAUUUAUGUUAGCAAAGUUAACAUACAACAUAUUUAUUUGUUUCCCAUAUUGUUGUAGUGUUUGACUGAAUUGUUAGAAAGCUGUUCAUAAUAAAGAUUUAAUAAAUUUUAGAAGAUUUAUUUAUUCAUUCUUCUAUAUUAAGUCUUACUUGUGAUUGUCUUUCUGACACUGUUAUUAAUAUUAUUUUUGCUGGCUUAAAUUAUGGUGUUCCAUUUGUGAAAAUAGAUACCAAAUAAAUAUUUGU